AUGGUGGAUGCGAUGCAGCCACCUAUAGCAGUGCAGCCCAGGGUAAGGAUUGCGCCAACUAGGGUGCCCAUUGUGGAGGAUUUCUGCAUCACAAGCCAGCAGAGUUCAUUGGCAAAGCCUCUCCUGAUGAAACAGAUGCAUGGCUCCGCAAAUGCAGGAAUGCAACAACAGAUGCAGACCCGAGAAGAACAGGAUAUUACAGAAGAGUGGAGGUGCCUGAAGUUUGAGCGAGGACUCAAACAUGAACUAAAGAAGGUGGUGACACCUUUGAAGGAGAGAAUAUUUCCGGUCUUGGUGGAACAGGCCAAGAGUGCUGAGCAUUUGGAGGAGGGUCUGGGUCCCGUUAUUAGACAUCAGAAGAAUGUCGCCAAGAGGAACUGCCCGCAAUUGAAGAGUCCACCUUGCGGACAGGGGAGCAGUCGUAAGUGCUUCAUAUGCGAUCAGCCUGGGCAUUUUGCUAACCAAUGCCCAAAGAAGAAGACCAGUGCGACGAAGAAAUCAUCAGUCUCUAGAGUAGAGAGAGCUAGAGCUGUUGGGAGAGUUUUUGCUAUGACAUCUACAGAAGCUACACAGUCAAGUAACCUCAUCAUGCAAUCUUGUUUACUUGGGGGGAAGAAUGUGUUUGUAUUAUUUGACUCUAGAGCAACACAUUCUUUUAUUUCCGAUGCAUUUGUGACAAAACUAAGCUUGGAGAGACAUGACUUGGACUGUGAGUUGCUGGUUUCAACUACAUCUUUGGGUCAUAUGCCUACUAGUUCAGUCUGUGUUGGGUGUGUGAUUGAAGUGGCAGGUCGCCGAUUCAAAGUGAACCUGGUGUGCUUGCCUCUGGAGGGGUUGGACGUUAUACUUGGGAUGGACUGGCUGUCUAACAACCACAUCAUGAUCAACUGUGGACGGUGCAAUUUGGUAUUCUCAGAACAUGCAGGGUUAGAGUUGAUAUCAACUCACCAGGUACUGAAGGAACUACAAGGAGAGGCCAUGUGUUUUAUGGUGGUGGCCAAGCCAAAAAAGAAAACUGUUGUAGAGAUGAUCCAAUCCAUACCAGUGACCAUCGAAUAUGCGAAUGUCUUUCCUGAUGAAGUGCCAAGAUUGUCGCCUAUUGGAAAAGCAGUGGAUUACAGAUAG